UGUGUCGUACAGCAGUGAAGUAGAAUCAGGAAGUUACUGCCGUUUCAUUGGCGAUAGCGAAUAUCAUUGAUGUGUCUUAUUAAGCUACAUAAUAGCUGUACGGUACAACAGUGUUGUUCUGAAAGUAAACAUUAUACUCUUAUUACCCAAAUAGUUGUUUGUACCGAUGGUCGACGUUUACCAUGUGAAAUGGAAGUGGAAUUAACUUAAAUUUAAGGCCAAGGCGUUAACACUUUACCAGCGUGAAUGCGAUUGCAGUUCGGGAAACUUGCUGGUCUUUACCUCCUCACCAGUCCGCCAAAUUUAGCUUUCGACAGACACAGGGGACCAUUUGAUCAUGACACAAAAUCAUGUACCGGGCAUGGAAGCGUCAGCUGUCUCCGUUCUCAAGAGGGCUGUGGAGCUGGACCACAGCUCGCGCUUCCAGGAAUCCAUCGUCUGCUAUCAAGAAGGAAUCCAGCUACUGCUGGACGUGCUGAAAGCUAUCAAGGAUGACUCAAAGAAAGCUCAUUACAGGGAAAAGAUUAAGGGCUACAUGGAGCGAGCCGAGCAGAUUAAAGUCCAUCUUACGCGAGAAAAAGAAGAGGGUAAAUAUCAUGAACAGGUUAAAAUAGCAGAGAACGCCACGGGAUACAGCUACGACACCCUGUUCCGACCUUACAUCAGCGAGACCCUGACGGAGGUGUGGGUGGAGGAUCCGUACAUCCGAUACAUCCAUCAGCUCUAUAACUUCUUGCGCUUCUGUGAAAUGCUGCUGAAGGCUCCCUGUAAAGUCCGGAGGAUUCACCUCCUCACCUCCCAGGAGGAGGGCGAGGGCUCUUCGCAGCAGACCAAUGCCCUGGCUGAAAUUAAGCAGUCACUGCAGGCCCAUGAGGUGACCCUGGAUCUCCAGUACUCCUCCUCCAUCCAUGACAGGGAAAUCAGGUUUGACAAUGGCUGGAUAAUCAAGAUCGGAAGAGGUCUGGACUACUUUAAGAGGCCACAGGGUCGAUUCUCCGUUGGGUAUUGCGACUAUGACUUGAGGCAGUGUCAAGAGACGACGGUCGAUGUUUUCCACACAAAACACACGAAGACAACUUAACCAUUAACACUGUUUUCGUAAAUCCGCUGGAGGACAUUGGGCGCAGUAUAAAAAUCAUGCUGGACUUCUUAAGCUUUCAGGGCAGCAUUCUUACAGAGAUAAUGUAAUUUAACUUUCAUGUAAUUUCAUUGGAGUUUUUAUAUUUUGUAUAUGAAAAAGACUGACAAACAUGGAAAAAAACCUUCACACUGGAUCUUCCAACCUCACCACCUGUAAUGAGUCUGUUAAAAAUAGACAUUUAUGGUACAUUAAUGUUGGUAAGAUUGGAAGGAGAUCCAGUGUGCUGCAGUUGUUCCUCCCCGUCAUUGUUUUAAGCACCUGGACACAAAAGAUGACCAAGAAUUUUUACUAUAAAUUGUGUGUGGGGAAAAAGAUGAAAUGCUAAGUGCCUUGGAAAUAUAAUACAAAUCAUUGUGGAUUGUAGGGAUGGAUUUAGGUCUGCCAUAAUUCCUGAGCAUGUCGGAUUCUUUGCUGCUCAGUUUGGGAAACACGUGUCUCCUUAACAUUUAAAGGGUCAGUUACGCUGGUUUGGGAGUAAAGUGAGUGCAUUUGGCUCGUGCGCGGUCUUCCACACGCGCCAUUUGCACAGCUGUAGUGCGCAGAUUCACCAAAAUAUGUCACGUGCAUUACUUUUCUGAGCUCCUCUACACAGCGAUCUUCCGAACUGGCGCUGGAGUCAGCCCUAUCCUGUUUGCACUACAAUAGGAGGGUGGCCUUUCAGAUAUAAGUGUAUGUUUACGAAUGUAUAUUUGUUACUUUAUUGAUGGAUACACAAUGGAUGGAUACUGUAUGUCUGAUAUCCUGAAUAAAAAAAUAAGACAUUUUAA